CUCGAGGUUGUUGAAUUGCUGAAAUUUCUGAAAGUUGAGUUUGUAUGGAGGAACAGCUCACCAAAAUGUAACAAUUCAGCAGAUCAACAGAUUAGGGAAUACCCCAACUAAGCAGCUUAUCGAUACAUUGUCAAUGUUUUAAAAAUAUUUUUUUUUAUUCCACGCGUUGCGAUUUCUUUCACUUUGACACUUCGGUAGCAUUUGAGUCUUUGAUCAAACUAGUUGAUGAAAUUGCUAUAAAAUGAAAGUAUUUCUGUGUACUUUCUUUCUUUUGCAUUCUCAAAGCAGCGCAAGCAACUAGCCGGAAGGAUUCCAUCUUUUAAUAUUGGCAAAACUUUGGUGAAAAUGGAAGAAACCAAGCUAAUAAAAUCUUCAAAUGAGGAGGAGUCCGUUCAAUCUGGGAGAGAUGAGGAGAACGGCCCCGUUGAAAUGGAUGUGUCCAUAGCUCAGAUGAUUGAAUCAAUCUUACAGAACCGGACGCUGCUCGAACGUCCAUACCUCCCCAGAUCCCCUGGGCGGGUGUUGCUGCCCCUCUUGGCAAGGCCCCAAGCAAGUAACUUCAUAUUUCCCAAAAUGACUUUAGCGCCGCGGCAACGGUGCGUGCUGCCACCUAGGGGUGGCCAACAAAUGAGCUCCCUUGAAAUAUGCAAGAAGGUUCAUAACAAAAUUGGUCAAUUUGCCGCAGGACGGGAAUUUACCGCCGCCGUGUUGCACGUGAACAUACCCGACAAAACCGUCUUCGUACGAGAAUGGGAUUCAUUCCUGAUCGACUUCCUGUUCGUGGGACAGACCCCGCUACGGGAGCUGGGGCAGCUGCCCAACUUUGGCGAAGUCUUUGUUUUCUAUAGCGCCGAAGAUAAAACUUUUUCGCGUGUCGCCCUAUACGCCGGUGCGAAUAAUAGAUAUGUUGCAUAUCGGAUCGACUACGGAGACUACAUUCAUCUAUCGGGCAUGGAGCGUAUAUUCGCACUACCGGAUGACCUGCAAAAAUUGCCUGCGCAAGCGAUUAGAUGCUCUGUGCCCAAUGUCAUUCACGCAGCCCAUUUGAGCUUGUUCAAAGGCAGUGAUGGUGUAAGGCUGCGAGUGCUUGACAAUAAUGGCGUCGAGCUGAUGGUGGAUCGCAUCAAAGAAGGCAACUCGGAAAGUCAAAAGGCUGAGAAUGUGAAAGUGGACGCAGCUUUUGAGCAAACUGUACCAGGGAGCCGCGAGCUGGGCAUCACUGCUCGCAUCAAAGUCACCUCUAUUUGGUCCACCGUCGAAUUUUAUGGCCUAUUUUUGGAUGGACCAGUGCCGCCAGUGUGGCAAGAGGAGGAUGUCCCUAAGGGCAAUUUUGAAUUUCACCCUAUGGAUAUGGUUUUGGCUAAGUAUCAAGACGGACUAUACUAUCGUGCCAUGAUCACCCUCAUGAGUCAUGGCGCGUGCUACCUAUUCUUCGUGGAUUUUGGCUGCACCCAGUACGCAGUCCUCAACUCCUUGGCCCCGUGCUUUGCAGAGCAGAAAGUAAUUCGUAACUUAGCCGUGAAAUUCAAAAUAGAGGGACUACGCAUCGCAGAAUUUCCAAGAUUGAAAGAUGCUGAUGGUGUGGAUUUUUGUAGGGAAAAACUACUCGGCCAGGAGAUAGCGGUUACUCUUACAAACUAUCAGCACCCCGAUAGAUUUUUGAUACGCAUUCAGGGAGGACUAGCCGAUGUGCAGCAACAGCUAUUGGAGAAAGGAUAUGCAUUUCCAGAAUGAUAUGUAUAUGAACCAUUUUUUUAUUUUUUCAAAUGAUAUUCACCUUCAUACUAGUUUUUGGUACUUAAUGGUAUCAAGACUUUCUUUAAAUAAAAUAAUAAUUUUUGAUUGUGUUCAUAGCUAAGUCAACUACGUUACCAAUCAUUUUUGUCAAACUAACCAAACACACCAAUUUUUGUGAUGAAAAUAAAUAAAACAGCCUGCAUCCAAUCUA